GGCUGUCAAAACCGCUGCCCCGAUUGCGUAUUGUUGUGCAGGAAAUUUUCCCACAAGCUAGCCAGAAAAACACCAACCCUUCGCCGUUCUGCAGUCGGUCCGGAAAUCGUUAGGGAGAAGCACAUUUCCAUCCACCGGCGAUGCUGCUGCUACUCGUCAAGCGGACCCUUCACAGCGCGACCGGCGGCACCGCCGCCACCAAGCCGAAGGUGUCCGAGGUGCUGACGGCCUACCUGAAGCAGUGCAACGAACCGCCCUGGACGUCGUACUUCAUCAAGCACAGCGACGUGCGGAACGAUCAGUUCGGCCGGUCGCACUUCAACUGGACGCUCGACACCGGGGCCAACUAUCACAUCCUGCGCACCGGCUGCUACCCGUACAUGAAGUACCACUGCACGCGCCGCCCCUGGCAGGACCUGACGCUGGACGAUCGGUUCUUUCGCUGCAUCAAGGUGGCCAACCUGGGGCUGCCGCAGCUGUUCUACGGCCUGGCGGCCGUCUUUCUGAUCCGCCACGUCGAGCUGGUGCAGCUCGGCGACGGGCGCCCCCCGGUACCGAUCUACUUCCUGUACGCGGAAGACAAGGGCUCCCUGUACUGAAUGGGGCGCGGCGAUAGGACGUGAUGCGCUAGUGGCUAAAUAAAUUGACUACGAAAUUUUCAGUUUUGCAUACGUUUUUUGUUUGUUUGUUUGUUCUUUCGCUUCACUUUAUUUGUGGUUUGUUGCGUUGUGUGUGGUCUGCGGCAGAACAAAAAUACAUAACUUGGUUUUUAUAGAGUUUGUUCUUUUUGUUUUUUUUUGUUUUUAAUUGGUUUCGUUUUCUACGCACACGCCUCGCACCCUCACACAAAUGGAUAGUAUUUCACAACACGGUGAUAACGCGUUUUUUUGCAAAGGACAAAAAAUACGGAAGAAAGGCAACGGGGAAAAAACAGCAAAACCCACCUCUAAUUAACCGAAGCGUUCUACAGAGGGUUGCACUACUACUGUUGGCAUAUUUCAACCCAUCCACCCGUCAGGAAAACGGUUUGAGGAGCUUUUUUCCAAGGAAUAUAUCCUUACAGGAAAAUAUGGGAGGAAGAAAGAGAGAGGGAUAUAGAGAGGUGAUAGAAAUUCGUUUCUACUCUAAACAAGUGCACAGGGAUGCGGGAUAAAGAGAUUGGUCAGGGUGGGAGGGGGGGGGAGUUGUUUCCCAGCAGCAACAAUACACAUUAAACUUGCGGUGCGCGCUAGCUGUGCCAAACACAAAUUAUUAAGACACUCUAUUCUGUUCCUCGCUUUUAAAUGUCUCUGUGUGUGUGUGUGGGUUCACUCCCUUUUAAACAAAGCGGAGCAGCAGAAAACGAAACACCAUUAAACGCUAUGCUCUACUUUAAAAUUAUAAUAAUACCGGUUGUGAAAGCGAAAUCCUGCACCUAGAGUGGAAAUUUCGUUUUUUGUUUUUUGUUUUUUUUUGUUUGGAACGAAAAAGAUUUAGAAAAGCGUGCACUUCUCGCCCUGCGUCUCUAAGUAUCUAUGCGUGUCUGUGUGUGUGUAUGUAUGUAUGUAUACCCCCAAAAUAGCCCGUUUGUAACAGUUUGCCACAUAAACCGCCUAAUAGUUUCACCUUUCCAUCCAUCCCGACCGGUUUUUCGCGUUUGUUCCGCGACUAAUAAUUGUUCCAUACGAUUCAUUCGUGUUUUUUUUCUUCUAUAUCUCCCAUCGACCGUGGCUGAGCACGUGUAAAGAGGGGGGUAUGGGGGGAAGUUGUAAACGUUACAUACUACACAACUACUAACUUCAUAAGUGGGUUUCCUACAACCGAUCUCCAUCGACCCAAAAUGUUUGUUUUUGUUUUUUUUGUUUCUCCAUUUCAAGAGCAAUUUUCUUUUCCGUUCGUACGCUUCGCCUCGUUUUUUUUUCGUUCGCCUAUUUACCUGCUGUACACAUAAGAGCAAUAGAUAGUUUUUUUUUGUUUUUUACAAACAUUUUCUUCUGGCUUGUGAAGGAGGGGAACUGAGCCUCUGCUCAUCAAAAUGGGGGAAAAAUCAGUUAGUUAUGUGGCGCGCGCCCAAGAAACGAAACGGAAAUACUCUGCCCGAACGAACCAAAUGCAAUCCUUAGCUUGGCUGUUACUGGAUAACACUUCUCUUAAGCACAUCCUGAAACAAAAGCACUGAAGGUGUUGCAAUCUUCAGCUUUGGCGCAGACAUUCUUUUCUAAUUCACAUUAUUUCCCAUUCUCGUCGCAUUGGAUUGCGCUUUCCCUUGCUUGCUUGUUCUUCGAUCGAUUCCGAGGGGGGUGGGGAGGGGGGUUGUUCUGUUAAUUGACAAUUAAUUUUCCAGUUGCGAAGAAAAAGCCACGUGAGCGACGCCACGCGUCCCAAUCGAGCGGUUGCGAAUGGUAAAGCAAAAAACCAAACCGACCGAUCGAUUAUUUUUUGUUGCGAAUAUCGCGCACAAACAACACACAUACACCCACCGGGACACCCCAUCGCCACUUUUCUUCGUGUGUUUGCGUGUGUUUUAAUUGCUAUAGUUAUAGUUUUUGGAUUUUUUUUUCUUCUCCACCACGUGUCUUUCCCUCUGUCCGUCUCUUUUGCAUCGCUUUUAACAAGAAUUUUUUUAACCAGAUUGCACACUUACGCUCUUCUACAGGAUACAGAGUUCUGCUGCUGCGUGUGUGUGUGUGUGUGUGUAAAAGCGGCGGAAGAAAUUCGUUUUUUUAAAUAUAUAUAUUUAUCGUUUUUUAACUCUUUUUCUCACUUUUUUAUACAUAGCAAAGGAAGAGCAAUUCUACCGUUCUGUUUCUAUUAAUCCCGAUUUACAAGCAGUCAUAAUACCCGCACGUGCUUGAGGAGCUCCAUGCUCGACAGCAAAUUAGAGGUGUGUGUCUAAAGAACCAGAACCGUACGGUCAGUGCAUUCGAAAUAAAGAUCGUCUAAUCAACGUUCAUCGGUUCUUAACAAAUUAUAAUGCACUGAGUUACUCACAAAAAGAAGCCGUCCUACCCGUCGUAAUAAAGAACGUUCCUGGUCUGCCAAAUAAUGUUCAUGGUUUAGUAAACAAAUAAUAUUGCAAUUGCGAUAUGAAACCAUAAAUAUAUCAUCAAUUGAAAUGAACGAACGAACUGCGACUAACGGCCAGUUCAUCAUCUAAAUCAGCGGUUUUCAUUUUUUUUUAGAGUUUUUGAUGAAAUUACGUAAAAUGCGAUAGGUCAAUGACUAGAUUAUUCGUAGCUAAAAAAAGUAAAAUUCGAAAAACGAAUAUUCAUCCAAUAAUCAACACAAGCUGUACAUUGUAGCAGGUUGUUCGAACUAAAAAUUGCACUGCAAAAGCUCCAUAUUAAAUAAUUAAAAAAAAAAUAUUAAAAAAA